GAAGAGCUGUUACAGCAUAAAUUUUAAUCCUAAUACUACUACUGUUACUGAUUGACGACGACGAAUCGUGACUGAUAGUAAUGAGAUAACCUGACAUUUAAGUAGGAAGUCUAGUUAAAGGAAGUCUAGUUAACAUAUUAUAGGUGGAGAUGUCCAAUACAAAAAUCAGGAAAGCCAAUGCCUCUGACAGUGAAAAGUUAUUGGUUUUGAUCAAAGAGCUGUCAAAAGAGCUCCAGUUGACAUCAUCAGUGCAGUUAAUGCAAAAAGAUCUAGAGGAUGGUGAAUCUGGAAGGCCAGCAGUCUUUACUGUAUAUGUGUGUCAGAAUGACCAAGGUGCCCUUAUCGGGUAUGUACUAUUUUACAACACAUAUUCUACUUGGGAAGGCAGAAGUCUUUGUGUAGAGGAACUCUAUGUCAUUCCAUCCAAGAGGAGAAAGGGGAUAGGCUCAUCUUUACUAAAGAAAGCAGUACAGGUUGCGCUCGAGAGAGGAUGCAGUCGUGUUAAUGUCACAGCGUAUCCAGGAAAUAAAUUCCUUAUGAGUCAGGGUGCUAUUGACCUCACAAACAUUGAGAAGUGGCUUUUCUUCAGAAUAAACCAAAAAGCUAUGGAAGAUUUUGCUCAUAGGUGUAAAAUUGUAGAAGGAACCAAAAUAAGGGAAGCAACCAAUGAAGAUUUUAAAGGUGUCAUGAAACUCAUUCAUGACCUUGCAAAUUAUGAGAAGAUGCCUGAUGGCCCAGUGAUUACUGAAAAAACUUUAGAAGAAGACAGCCAAAGCAGUGAGACAUUCUAUGAAUGCUAUGUGGCAGAAGCAGAGGGUCAGUUGGUUGGAUAUAGCAUCUUUUUCUACACUUUCAGUGGAGAAGGACCUGGUGUAUACAUGGAGGAUCUGUAUGUAACCCCAGAGUACAGGAAAAGGGGAAUUGGAUUGGCACUAUGGGGAAGUGUGAUUAAGGAAUGGAUUUAUACAUCUAUCCAGGGUACCCGUGAAGAUUUCAGCUGUGGUGUUUGAUGUAGAAAGGUUGAAUUCAAAAGGCUAUCCUCAGUCAUUGAGUCAGCCAUGGAGAGUCUUAUGAGGUUUCUGCUGCCCCUCUCGGUGCCAAAGAUGCCACAGAUAUACACUAUUGUUUUGCCAAGUGAACCCUCAUCUUGCUGUCUUGGGGAAGUCUUGUUGCAGUCUUCAUCUGCAAUGUUGUUUAUCUCUUUCAAAUAAACAUCAAAUCUAGCUGUCUUAGCUGAAGUAACAGUCUCCUUUUAAUGUCAAAGUGGUUGGAAGCGGUGGCUUUUCCACUGUGAAGAACAGUCUUUGGAUGAACAAAAGAUAACUGGAAGAAGAGGCAUUGCUGGAUGAAGGUGAUGACGACAAAACAUGACCAGAUCACUAGGCAAGUGAUGAGCCCAAAUGUGACUUUAGGUAGUUUUUAGAAAAUCUUGGGCAGAAAAGGGAAAUCUCUUGUGGCUCAUGAAGAAUGAAAGACACUGGGACCAAAACCUGAAUAUCAGCAUCAGAUGAGCCAAAAAAAACUUUUGCUCUGUUUCUGCUAUUGUACUCUCACCCUACAUCAAUCUUGGCUUCCAAUGUAAAAGAAAAUUUUUGUUACUCAUUAAGAAGACAAUUUUGACUUUUACUAUGUUAAUUAUUUCAAUAUUUUUCAUGCCAGUAAAUAUCUAAGUUAGUAGCUGAUUUUCCCAACAAGGUAUAACUAGUAUUUACUUGUAAUAGAUAAAAAAAUCAUGUAAAUUUUUGUAUAUCUCAGUUUAAAAUGUACAGCAUGGUAUGUGACCAUGGUUUAUAUGCUGCUAUAAGUAACUCAAAUGGUUACUGAUAGUAUACUGUUUGACCUACUGUAACUUUUUCU